UGCCCCCCCUGCCCCCGCCGCGCUGGGCUGGGCGCGCCCGUGGAGCGCACGGAGGGACCCGCACCGGCUCCCAGAGGCUGAAGUCACCCUGACGAAGCUUUCCCCCACCUCCCAGAGGAGCAGCCACCCCCAAAAUAAGGAUGCACCGACACCCCUGAACGGGAUUUUGGGGACAUGAGACCGGGCAACUCGUCACACAGGUCUGUCCCUUCCAUGGCUUCAACGAUGCUGCCGGGGAAAGCGGAGAAGAGGAUGGCUUCAUCCAUCUUCAUCACACUGAUGCCACCACGGAGGGAGGCAGCCACCAAGGAGAAAACCCAAAGGAUUACACAGCUGGAUGUUCCUGAGGUCCCAGGCACCCAUCGCCCCCAAAUCCCACCCCCAGCAUUGCCCAAUGGAGAAACCCACCCAGCAGCCCCUGUGCCUUCAUCCCCACCAGUCCUCAUCCUCUCUGAAGCACCCCAGCCCUUGUCUGCAGAGGCACUGGGUCCAGCACUGCAGCAACUGGACCUGGCAGCACCCGUCACCCUCCAGGGCCCUUCAGCUUUCCCUGCUGAACUGAGGCCACCCAAAUUUUGCCAGGAGCAAGCAGGGAAGCCCCAGUGGCAGGAAGCCAAUGGAUACCCGGAGAGGGAUGGCUCCAGGGACAUCUGUGCCUUCUGCCACAAAGCCUUGGGGCCCCGGGAGCUGACGGUGGAGGCGAUGAGGAAGCAGUACCACGCUGACUGCUUCACCUGCCGGACCUGCCAGCGCCUCCUGGCCGGACAGCGCUACUACCAAAGAGAUGGGCGCCCCUCCUGCCAUGCCUGCUACCAGGCCACGCUGGAGAAAUGUGCCAAGUGCCAGGGACUGAUCACGGAACGCAUCGUCCGUGCCCUGGGCCGAGGCUACCACCCCGGCUGCUUCUCCUGCACCGCCUGCGGCCGCGCCAUCGGCACCGAGAGCUUCGCUGUGGAUGAGUGGGAUGAGGUGUACUGCGUGGCUGACUUCUACAGGAAAUACGCGGUGGUUUGCAGUGCCUGUGAGUGCCCCAUCAUCCCGCGGGAGGACAGGGACACCUACAAGAUCGAGUGCCUGGGACGCAGUUUCCACGAGAGUUGCUACUGCUGUGAGAGCUGUGGGACACCCCUGUCACCAGAGCCAACAGAGAAUGGGUGCUACCCCCUGGGUGACCACCUCCUCUGCAAGUCCUGCCACAUCCGCCGGCGGAACGAGUCAUCCUGCUGAGACCCCUUGGAUCAACUUCUGUAUUCCAGCACUGGACACCAAAAAAGGGGAGCACCCACCAGGCUGUGCCCUGCAGCCAGUCUUGGUAUCAGCUGCACCCCCAAAUAGCUGCUGGACUGGUGUUCUUGUCACCAAAAUAUACCUGGGACCUGGUCCUGUUGGGAUGGAGAAGUGGAGAUGUAGUGUUCCAGUGUGGCUCUGUGCUCCUCAUGGAUGUGAAAAGCCCCAGCAGAGCGGCUGGGAUGGAGGAGCUGAUGUUUUGUUCACAUAUUUCUUUUUUUUUAAACUCCUUUUUCAAGGCCAGUUUGGUUUCCUUGGGUGUUUUUUUCUUCCUUUUUGAGCUUCCUUGGAGUUUCACUGAAAUGUUUCUCCCUGUGGUGAUGUAGAGAGUGGGCACUGAUUUUGUUACUCACAGUUAAAUAAAAC